AUGAAGGCUCGCUCCCCCUCUUCAGGGUCCACAGUCUCACUCCCUGAGCUCAGGUCGCUUCUGGCUUCCGGCCGGGCCCGGUCUUGGCUCUUCAAUGUGCGGUCUCGGGAGGAGGAGGCGGCCGGGACCAUCCCCGGGGCACUCAACAUCCCGGUGUCCGAGUUGGAAAGCGCCCUGCAGAUGGAGCCCGCUGCGUUCCAGGCUGUGUACUGUGCUGAGAAGCCCAAGCUGGACGAUGAGAAUCUUGUCUUUUGUCAGAUGGGCAGGCGAGGCCUCCAGGCCAUACAGCUGGCCCAGAGCCUGGGCUACACGGGGGCUCGAAACUAUGCUGGGGCCUAUCAGGAAUGGAUGGAGAAGGCUGGGUAGGCGGCAGCUGGUUGCUGAUGGCUUCUCCCCUGGCCACCUGCAGAGGAGGCUUGCUGGCUGUGCCCUGGGCUGGGCAGCUCCUUAUAGUACCUUACAUCUGAGUGUCAAAUAAAGAGCACUUAAUUAAAGCACUGGAAGUACUUAA